GCGCUGCAGACGCUGCCUGGGUCGCCUGGCAACAGGGUCGCCUGGCAACGGGCGCUAGCUACUGGCGCCGAGAGACUGCUGAGGCAGUGGUUUCUGCAGAGCUUCGUUUUGCAAGCCCUUUGCAGGAGUGGAAAGAUGGCCCAUGCCCGGAUCUCCAUGUACAUGCCCCCUGACAUCAACCCCACCCAGGCUGCCAUUGCUUAUGGCUGUCGGGCCCUGCCCAAGCUGAAUGAGGAGCUGCAGUCAGAGGACCUGGAGACGAGGCAGAAAGCCCUCAUGGCCUUGUGUGACCUCAUGCAUGACCCUGAGUAUGUCUACGAGGCCAUCAACAUAGGCUGCCUGGAGAGUCUGAAAGCUUUGCUGAAAGACAGUGACCACAUGGUGCGGAUAAAGACCACCGAGGUGCUCCACAUCAUGGCAACCCAUAACGUGGGCAGAGAUGGCUUUUUAGAGCACGAUAUCAUCCCUGCCCUGGCCCUCCUGUUGAACGAUCCCCAACGGAUCUGCCGGGAGAACCUGCAUCAAACCUACAAGCAACUGGCCCAGCUGCCUUCAGGUAGGCUUGCAUCCUGCACCUGGAUCUGGUGGGCGCUUGCAUUGCUUGUGCAGGGCUAUGUGAGGACCCAGGCCUCGAGGAGGCACUGCCCCCAGGAGGAAGACAAGUCCUCGGCCUGGUGA